GCUGAAGCCAGCCGAGGAGGAGGUGUGUUAUUGCUGCUGCUGCUGCUCUGCGGGCUCGUUUCCUCUCAACAAAAUAACAGAAACUUACGACAGAAAAACCCGACCGACGCUGGUUUAAAUCACGAUGUCUGACGGCGACAACAAAAGCGCAAAUAUGCUCGCUCAGGAAACGGCCCAGCUGGAGGAGCAGCUGCAGGGCUGGGGUGAGGUGAUCCUGGCCGGGGACCGCGUUGUGCGCUGGGAGAAGCCCUGGUUCCCCGGAGCCCUGUUGGCCGUCACCACCCUCAUCUUCCUGAUGGUUUAUUACUUGGACCCAUCAGUGCUGACCGGACUCUCCUGCACCGUCAUGCUGCUCUGCCUGGCUGACUACCUGGUGCCCACCCUCGCACCCAGAGUCUUCGGCUCCAAUAAGUGGACCACCGAGCAGCAGCAGCGUUUCCACGAGAUCUGCGGUAACCUGGUGAAGACUCAGCGCCGUGUCGUCGGCUGGUGGAAGCGUCUCUGCGCACUCAAGGAAGAGAAGCCCAAAAUGUACUUUGCCUCAGUGAUCAGCAGCCUGUUGGCAGUCGCCUGGAUCGGACAGCAGGUUCACAACCUGUUCCUCACCUACCUGAUCGUGAGCUUCCUGCUGCUCCUGCCCGGCCUGAACCAGCACGGCAUCAUCUCCAAGUACUCCUCCAUGGCCAAGAGGGAGAUCAACAAACUGCUCAAACAGAAGGAGAAGAAGAACGAGUAGAAGAAGGAAAACAAAACGUGUUGCGGAUGAAGAACGGAAAGUGGAAGGAAGUCAUUUGAAGAAGAAGAAGAAGAAGGAGAAGAAGAAGAAGAGAGCUGCGUCCUCGCUCUCUGCCACAGAUCAAAUCCCACUUUUAUUCUUUUUAUUUUUUUUGUUUUCACACAUUGGAUAAGUUUCAUUUCUCCCUCCUUGCACUCUUUAACAUUUCAACAACCCCAACACACCUGGUGACUUUUUUCUUUUUUUAAAUUAUCUGCCACAUGAAGGUUACCUGAGUUCACACACUCACAGAGCACUGAAUCAUUCACACACACACCGACACACACUUUCCCCCGUCAACAUGUACGCACAGUUCAAAACUCCUUCUGUAUCUUAGAUUUGAGCGUGCUUCGGUUUUUUAAGACGUCAGUAAUGCUUUUUUUCUUUUGUUUUUUAAGCCAUUCCCUCGACUUUAGACAUAAAGAAGUGACUACUGAGCAGGUUUUUUUUCGGUAGCAUUACUGCAUCAUUUUAAACCUCAUAGAUUCCUCCAGUAUUUUUUCUCUUUGUGCCGCAAAAACAAAGAUUGUUUAGUGUUUUUUGGUCUUUUCUUUUUUUCUUUUUUUUCCUGCCUCCUCUGCUUUGGUUGUAUUUAAAUAUUUAGCACCAAUUUAAAACAAACAAAAAGAAAAAACUGGAUUCAAAGCAGAGUUUUUUUUGUUUUGUUCUUCUAGAUACAAGCCUACUGCUGUACCGCUGCUAGCUGUGGACUCUGGUCUCUUAGCGCUUAUAAUACAAACAAAAAAAACAACAAAAAAAAUCCCACAGUGUGCCCCCUGCUGUGGGCUCUGUGUGUAAAUACGUCUCCAUGUGCGUCCUUCCUUUUGUUUUAUUUGUCUCGAGUCUUUUUUCCUCUUCAUUUCUCUGGUCUCAUCACUGUCUUUCAACUCAUUUCAUUAUAUGUGUUUAUUGGACAUCUUUAUGAACAAUGAAAAUAAAGUUCGAUUUAAAUUAA